AUGGGGUAUGUGCGAGGAGGACGGGAAACACUCCAAUUCAACAGAAGGACCGGGUCUGAUCUCUGGAAUCAUGGCGGUGACGAUAAUGGUAAAGACGAUGAUGACAAAUAUGGCGCCCAUAAGUCCAAGAUCUGUUGGACUGUGCCACAUGCUCCGAAAUCUUACCAGACCUAUCAUGCUCCGAAGACUUGGACAAAGCCUGUCAAAGAUCACAAGACCAUUACUUACAGCGACACACCCAUGAAUCCUUUGCCGACGACAUUGGGCCCUCCCCAAAGCUAUACAGUUCUUCCCCCGCAGCCGACCACAGAAACAGUUGGCUCAAGCACUGUGCCAGUACUUGUCAUUCCAACUCCCCAGCCCGUGACAUCACUGAUUCCGACCACACCUUCCACUAUAGUCACGCCUGCUCCCACACUCAAGCCUUCUACUACGGCUCCUCCUCAGCAAGGCAAUUCCACGGUCCCGUCGCCUCCCAUAUUUACUGGUGAUGCUACGGCGCAUCACAUCCGUCGUGCUUCUCUCCUGGUCGCUGCCGGGUCUGUUUGGCUAGCCAUGCUUCUGAUCUGA